CGGGGGCGGCGGGCGCGGCGCUGCCAAUCGCAGACAAAGGCCGCCCCAGUGAAUCAUGUGGUGCCGGGGGAGGAAGUGCGGCUUGUUUUCUUUCCUCCAGUCUCGGGGCUGCAGGCUGAGCGCGAUGCGCGGAGACCCCCGCGGGGGCGGCGGCGGCCGUGAGCCCCGAUGAGGCCCGAGCGCCCCCGGCCGCGCGGCAGCGCCCCCGGCCCGAUGGAGACCCCGCCGUGGGACCCAGCCCGCAACGACUCGCUGCCGCCCACGCUGACCCCGGCCGUGCCCCCCUACGUGAAGCUUGGCCUCACCGUCGUCUACACCGUGUUCUACGCGCUGCUCUUCGUGUUCAUCUACGUGCAGCUCUGGCUGGUGCUGCGCUACCGCCACAAGCGGCUCAGCUACCAGAGCGUCUUCCUCUUUCUCUGCCUCUUCUGGGCCUCCCUGCGGACCGUCCUCUUCUCCUUCUACUUCAAAGACUUUGUGGCGGCCAAUUCGCUCAGCCCCUUCGUCUUCUGGCUGCUCUACUGCUUCCCCGUGUGCCUGCAGUUUUUCACCCUCACGCUGAUGAACUUGUACUUCACGCAGGUGAUUUUCAAAGCCAAGUCAAAAUAUUCUCCAGAAUUACUCAAAUACCGGUUGCCCCUCUACCUGGCCUCCCUCUUCAUCAGCCUUGUUUUCCUGUUGGUGAAUUUAACCUGUGCUGUGCUGGUAAAGACGGGAAAUUGGGAGAGGAAGGUUAUCGUCUCUGUGCGAGUGGCCAUUAAUGACACGCUCUUCGUGCUGUGUGCCGUCUCUCUCUCCAUCUGUCUCUACAAAAUCUCUAAGAUGUCCUUAGCCAACAUUUACUUGGAGUCCAAGGGCUCCUCCGUGUGUCAAGUGACUGCCAUCGGUGUCACCGUGAUACUGCUUUACACCUCUCGGGCCUGCUACAACCUGUUCAUCCUGUCAUUUUCUCAGAACAAGAGCGUCCAUUCCUUUGAUUAUGACUGGUACAAUGUAUCAGACCAGGCAGAUUUGAAGAAUCAGCUGGGAGAUGCUGGAUACGUAUUAUUUGGAGUGGUGUUAUUUGUUUGGGAACUCUUACCUACCACCUUAGUCGUUUAUUUCUUCCGAGUUAGAAAUCCUACAAAGGACCUUACCAACCCUGGAAUGGUCCCCAGCCAUGGAUUCAGUCCCAGAUCUUAUUUCUUUGACAACCCUCGAAGAUACGACAGUGAUGAUGACCUUGCCUGGAACAUUGCCCCUCAGGGACUUCAGGGAGGGGACAGAAGUACUGAAGAAAAGCUGGGAGAAUACAUGCUUUCUCAGUGAUCGGGGAGCAGAGAAAUCCUGGUCAGAUAGGAUAAAAAAGAUUGUCGCUGAGAAAAAAGAAGAAAGCUGCCCAAUCCGCUGAGCCAGCAGAUGUAAAGAACGUAAGCUGGAAGCAAGCCAACAAACAAGAAGGACUUCUUGAAGUCAAAAGCUGUCCUGUGGGUCACUCAGAUUUUGAGCUCCACCUCUUCCCUAAAACUGUUCUUUUCCAGUUACCCCACUGCAUCUUCUAUUAGUUUUUUUUCCCCUUUAAACCCAUAUUCUGCUAGAGCUAUCCUACCCUCUCACCUGCCAGAAAUGACUUAGAGCUGAGGGAGUCCUCACUACCUAUAUGGUGAAGAAAAGACCCCCUUUCUACUACAUAGAGGAACAUAAUUAUAAUGAAAAUGACUUACGUCUAUUGAGAAUUAACUAUAUAUUAGAUACUGUUCUAAGUACUUUACAGAUGUUAACUCAGUCCCCACAAUAGGCCCACGACGUAGUUACUAAUACUACUCCCAUUCUAAGAUGAGGAAAUUGAGGCAUAGAAGUUAUUUGUCCGAAGACACCACCACAGGUUGUGAGCUGUACUCCAUGUUAGGAUUCAGAUGCAGUUUGUUGCUGAAAACAUUUCCUAUACAUAGUGACUGGCUGGGUUCUCUAGUCAUGCUGUAUACUUCUGUGCUCUAAAGAAUUCAGUAGAGUUGUCGGUGGGCAUUUCAGCCCUGUGUGUAGCAUUGUUUUGUGGGAAAAUGGACUUUAAGAGCCAUUUAAAAGAACUUUAGAGUUAUCUAUAGUUUACACAAAAACUCAGCUCUGUCUACCUAAACUAGACUAUGUCAUACAUACUAUAUAAUGUUUCAAGUCACUGAAAUAUUUUUUUCUUUUUAAGUUUUGCUCCAGAUUACUAUGAUUGGGGACAACAAACUAACAGCUUCCUGGCACAAGCAGGAACUUUGCAAGACUCAACUUUGGAUCCUGACAAACCAAGCCUUGGGUAGCAUCAGUUAACAGUUUUAUGGACGAUUCCUCAGAUGAAAAGCUUCAGAAAAGCGUAGUGACAGCUGAAUUUUUAGGGCACUUUUCCUUAAGAAAUAGAACUUGAUUUUUACUUGUUACAGGUUUCCAAUGGCCCCAUAGGACUAAGCAAUAAUGUAGACUGAUAAACCCUUAUUUUAGUACUAAAGAGGGAGCCUUGCUAUUUCAGUGGGUAUAAUUUAAACUUUUUAAAGAAAAUCUGUACUUUUAUAAAGAUGUAUUUUGUAUAACUUAAAUAAUAAUGCUAAAGUAUACUAGGGGCUUUUUUUUUUCUUGAGAAUGUUACUGCAAUUAUGUUGUAGUUUGCACAGACUUUUAUGCAUAAUUCACUUUAAAAAUAUAGAAUAUAUGGUCUAAUAGUUUUUUAAAGCUUUUGGACUAAAGUAUUCCACAAAUCUUACCUCUUUAGGUCACUGAUGGUCACUCCGAUUCUGAGUGCCACAUUGGUAGACUCCUAAAAUACAGUUGACAACUUAGCCAAUUGCAACUCCAGUGUUGAUAAUUAAAAUGAAAUGGCAAAGCAGCAGACUGUAAGGUCUUUAGAGAUUUUUUUUUUUUAAGGUUCAGGCCGUAGGUUCCUCAAGGAAUCUCUCAAGUUUUGCCCAAAGACUGGUACUUCCUUUCAGUAGGGCGCUAAUGUAUACACAUUAAUGAUAAGUUGAUAACAUUAAAAAUGUAGCUGACUUAUCCUAUUAAACCUCCUCUGCUAUAUUCACAGAUUCUGCAUAGUUUUUUUUCAGCCUAAUGAAAUCUAAUAUGCAUUACCUCAGGGCCACAUCAAGAGUACACCCCUUUCCGAACUCACUGAAUGUUGAUUACAUUCAAGGAGAAAAUAAGAGGGUCCAUAAAGGGCAUUAAUAACAAAUACCCCAAGCCGUUAAGCUAAGACUAUGUGGAAUCCUAAUAGUUUUUUCUGUAAUCUCCAACUAUAUUUAAAAUAAUGCGCUUACUUCUAAAUAGCUCUGUAAAGAGCCUAUUGGAGGCUGCACAUUUAAAAAUGGCAAUAGCACUGCAAUAUGCUGUAGCAUGAUGCCUGUCAGCCAUGUUCCAGACAAUUCCUUUUAAGUAAGUCAGUCAUCUUUCAUUUAAGUAAAAAAACAUGUUAUGAAAUACUACCUCCCAGACCGGAAGUGCCAUUCUAAAAACUCCACUAUAUAUAUCCUGGAGCCAUAAAACUGCCUAUUGGGAGGCUAAAUGCUCUGCUUUUCUAUAAAACAGAGAUAAGGUUCUAGAGGAAGUACUAUUACCAGAAACAAGGCACGUUUCUUCUCUGCCUAGGAAUGCUCAUCUGGGGACAGAGGGAAGGUCCAAUGAAAAGGAACUUAUAUUAACAAGUCCUACUACAUGAUGCAACCCAUUUCAAAUGACUCUUCUCAUUUUGAUCUUCAGGAAUAACUGAUCUCUGGGCAUUGAUUUCACAGAUGAAGUCUACUAUUGUUUUGGUAGUAUUUAAAAUUGGGAUCUCAAGUUUCAAAUUGAUCAUCAUUGGGCUUUUCAUUUGUAUAGAACACCUUCACUCUGCAUAAUCCUACAUAACAACAUUCUUGUCUUCUAGUACACGAAAAAAUUGGGGUAACAUAGCAUUUAAAGUAGUUAUCAGGGAAAAUUCUACACUGAAGUGAACCCUACACUUAUUCAAGUUGCCUUAACACAUUAUAAGCUAUUAUUCUAAAUAGCUUUAACAGAUUAUUGUGGUCACACUGUAUUACUAAUUGUUAAUUUAAAGGCAGACUCAGCAUGUUUUAAACUCCUUUAAGUUACAUCUUCAGAAAGUCCUGCAGUCCUUCAGUAUUAGGUCAGCUAAGGGAAGAUAUAUUUUUAAAAAUAGUGAUAAGACUAUCACUAAUAUCAUACUCAUCCUGUAAUAUGUAAACACAGUUCUGUUGUUACUGGCAGAAAAAUUGGAAUACCCAGCAUUAACUGAGAGAAGUCAGUCUACUUUUAUGAUGAAGCUACUGGGAUUUAUUUGAACUAUUAUUUUUGUUAGAUGAUAGUAUAAAAAUGUUCUAAGUGCCUAUUUUCCUCAUUCCCCUUUUAAAAAUGUAAUGCUAAAGUUUCUAGAAGUGUUGUAAACACGGAAUACAAAACAACUAUGAUUGAUUACAUCAAACUCUCCUUCCUUCUUAGUAAGUAAGGAAAAUUAAAAUUCCCUUUGGCUUUCUAAUUUACUUGUUCUACUAGGUACACUAACAAAACUACUUCUGGCUGGGCGCGGUGGCUCACGCCUGUAUCCCAGCACUUUGGGAGGCCGAGGCGGGAGGAUCACGAGGUCAGGAGAUCUAGACCAUCCUGGCUAACACGGUGAAAGCCCGUCUAUACUAAAAAUACAAAAAAUUAGCCAGGCGUGGUGGCGGGUGCCUGUAGUCCCAGCUACUUGGGAGGCUGAGGCAGAAGAAUGGUGUGAACCCAGGAGGCGGAGCUUGCAGUGAGCGGACAUUGCGCCACUGCACUCCAGCCUGGACAACAGAGUGAGACUCGGUCUCAAAAAAACAAAACAAAACAAAAAAACUACUUAUGUGGAAUAUUAAAUGCUAAGAGGAAAAGGAAUGGUGAUUACUGGUUGCAAAAUACCCAAAUGUCCUCUUGUUUUAAAGCAACACGAUGAAAUUAAAGCCCUGAUGAUUAGAAAGUUGAAGUAUAUGGGGAAGAGGGAAUCACUGAAAAUUUUGUGCCAUCAUUUAGCUAAGUCUGAUGCAACAGUGAAAAGUUUCAUGUGAACGUUUCUGGGUUAACUGUUGGAAAUAGUUUCUCUGACUAUUGGAAUAGGUGUCUACCUCUGCAGCUAAUUGUCUAAGAAUAUUGUACAGAUAUUUUUCAUUGGUUCUUUACCCUUUUUACAACGAACUCAGUUGAGCUGCUGAUUAAAACAUCUAGAGUAUGUUA